AUGCCGCGGCGGCACGCCCAAGUCUUGCAGGCGCCAAUCAGCUCGGGGGAUGGGGCAGCACUGCCCCGCCGGAUUGCGCCGCGUGCCUGGGCCCUCCGGCGCGACAAGAAGCGGCGAGGGCUGGCCUUGGACUACGGCGGCGAGCCAGUCCGCCUGCAUCAGAGAGCACCGCCGACCCCGCCCGUCUUCGCGACCGCACCGGCGGCGGAGCCCCGCGCGGAGAGGGAGCGCCGCGCGCGUCCUGCGCGUGGCUGCAGCCCGCAGCGUGGCGGCAGGACUGCGCGUUCGAGUUGCUGCCGGAAGCCGAGGGGCGGCGCCCUCGGGCGCUGGCGCUCCGCCGCUGGCCCUCCCAGGCUGAGCCGUCUCGUGGCCACGUUGGGGCAGCCCGGGCGCAUCCUCGGGCGCAGUGUGGCAAACGUGCACGUUGUUGUACCGCCAUGCGUGGGGUUGUUCGGCACGCCCUGCCGGGGAGGGGAGAGCCACCUUUCGAUGUUCGAGCGCAAGUAG